AAUCACUCACUCACUCCCCACACCCCACACUCCCUCCCUCGCUCGUUCCCUGUUUAUUUGUUUGUUUCUAUAUCUUCUUGCGAUGAUGAUGCGAUUGGAUUGGCCACCGCACUCCAGCUGGUACUUUUGCUUGCUCUCUCUUCCUCUCGCUCGCAAUGAGUCAAAUGAUAUCUUUUCGUUAACCUCCCCUCUGGGCAAGUAGCAGCGUUCCACAGCAGUUGCAGCGCAGUGAGGGAUGAAUUCAACGGAUGGCGUCAGGAUGCCUCUCAUUUGCUGCGUGUGUCUCUGUUGGCCAGUUUGCUUUUCAUCGAUAGGUUGGUUCCUUUCUUUCACGCGUUUGAUGUAAGGAGGGGGGCAGGGAGGGAUUUGAACUUACUGAUGAACUCAGUAAUUUGGGAGCGAUGCCGUAGCGGCGAAUCUGAGGUUUGGUUGUGCAUGGAGAGGGCGGUGUGGCGCAGCGCGGUGGCUGUGAUUUGGAAGAAUUCAGCCGAGAAUUGUGAGAGAACGAGGCGGUUGAGUGCGGGUUCGAGCUGUUUGCAGUGUGGAUGAUAGCUGUUGUAUGGAGUGAGGGCGCGUCUGCUUUGCAGUAGAGGAUGGGUUGGAGAUGGACAGGGCGAGGUUGUCAUGUGUCUGUGUGUGGUUUUGAGAGUUUUCGGAGUUCGGUCAGCUGCUCCGGUUGAGUGUUUGGUUAUCGCUUGUGUUAUAGCAAGGAGUGAAGCAGUUUGUGUAAUUUUGCUGUCUGGCUUUUUGUUUUAGAUUUUACAUAUUUCUUGGUUUCUUGGUGCGUUAGAGGAGUUUUGAUUCUUCAUAUGUGUUUUUCCAAAUUUGUCGGGCAUUUGGAUGGUUACGUUAUUCUGAGUGCGGAAGCGACUGGCCUUUUCUUCUCUUGUCGACAUGGCUUCGUCGUACCGGAGCCUGCUGGCAACUGUGAAAACUGAGCUGGUGGAAGCCAAGAGAGCCUCUCAGCACCGAAUUGAGCUCUUUCACGCUCUUGAGACAUUUCUUCCCGAUUUCCAAGCUUUUCUUGAGCUUUCUGGUCCUACAGCAAAGGAUAGAGCUCAAGUCGUGAAUUCUCAACCUACUUCACUUGGGAACCAAGAUGUACAGCUUGUGCUAAUGCUGAGCGAUGCCUUUAAACUGAAUGAGGUCUAUUGCGCGAGCUUGGUUGCUUCCGCGCAUGAGAAGUGUAAUCUGCAUGGCUGUGGACGCCAUGAGAUGAUGCAAAUAUUAGCUGGACUUUGGUUCACGGAACGAGAUUCUUUAAUUUCAUCUUUGCAACUCUUACUGCACGCUGUGGCUCUGGACAAAGAGUUGGAUCCAGUUUUUGUUGCAAAAGUUCGAGUAUACAUUGAGAAAUUUCUAGAUGCUGGAAUUCGAACUAGGAUAAUUAGACUAAUAAAGGGAUUGAAUGAAGAUUCAACUAGGAUAAAAGAUAGGGGUUCGGAAACCUACAUCAAGGAUUCUACCGGAGCCCUAGUGGAACGCUGUGCUGCAAUUCAAAAAUCACGUCUUAGCCUGUGCCAUUGCCUGUAUCUUAGUUGUUUUAUUACUCCUCUAAAUGCGCAAGAGGUGAAGGAUCUGUAUAAUCUGCUGAAGGUCUGUUCUAACGAUGGGAGCCUGCCUCAUGAUGUUCUCAAGUUGCAGAUUGCGUACACAAUCAUGUUCUCGCUCACCAAUGCAUUGGUUUCAGGAGCAGAAGGUCCUGAACAGACGAGCGUCAUGCUUGCUCUUGAUGUGAAUUUCUGUCAGGAGUUUCAACAUCUGAUACUAGACGUAUCAGAAUUAAAACCUUUAACAGAGGGAUUUUUGGAGGUAAUUCGAUUAGCGUGGGUAACAAGUCGAAUGAUUGCCAAACAAGCCACCGAAGUGACUAAAAUUGGGGUCUACAUCGAAGAUGAUGGGGUCCUAUACCAAUGCUUGAACCGUGCAUACGAUCAUGAUGUAUUUGGAUUUCUGAGUACUCAAGUGUUUGGGACGGCUGCAUUUCAGAAUGACGAAAGAGCAUCAGCUUUUAAAUACUCGACUAGUUUGUGUAAAAUUAUAAUGGCCCUUCUCUCACAUCCAGCAGGCCGCCAAAAGAUCAUGGACUUAAAAUACGCAAGUAUGAGGUCUCUGGAUAUGCGGACAAGUCAUGUGAAUGAUCCUUCUCAAAUCAAUAAAGGUCAAAUACACGCAUUGCAGCUCCAAGCACAGCCGCUCGUUUCAUUUUUACAUUUUGCUAGGGAGGUUUUCCAGAGAGAAUCUGAACUCAUCAUCGACAAUGAAGAUCUCUGGAGUUUUGUUCAGUUUGCAGGAGGACACACAAGCUACUUCACUGUAGUUGCUUUUCUUGAUAUGCUCGCAUCAUUGGCCGAGUGUAAAGGAGGAGCAAGGAAGGUUUAUGAUUUACUUCAAAAGGGAACCAUCUGUAAUCUUGGGUGGCAAAUCCUUUUUACCUCGUUGGUUGUGUACGAGCAACAAUUACGAUCUCAUGUGGAAACUUCAAAGGGCUUUUUUUUACCCUUUUCGGAAGGAGAUGCACGUGUUCUGGAGGCAUAUCUUAAAGUUCUGAAAAAGGUGAUUGAGAAUGGUGAUGCAAUGGAAAGAAUGCAUUGGUUUGGGGAUGUUGAGCCACUCUUCAAAAUGUUACCUUGGCAAAACGUGCCUCCCUUCUUAAAGGGUGCAUUACGAGAUGCAAUUGCGGCCUUUGCUUGUGUGUCAUCUGUCAUGAUGCAGAAGGUCUAUGGACUGCUGCAGGAGUAUGACUUGCCGAUUUCUAUCACACCUUUUCCAACUGAUCGUUGUGGACAUCACUCACCAAAGCAGUUUCUUGACAUGGCCUAUGAGCUCAAUGAGGUGGAGGCCAAGCAGAAGGAAUACCUUUCUAUUAUCUCAUAUUUGAAGCUGCGCAAUGUUCUCACCGCUCAUGAAUUUGAAACUAGGGGUGGCACGUGUUUUGACUUUUUCCAAUUCGUACGGGACCAGGUUUUUGGACGUUAUGGGCAUAGACUAUAUGCUAAUCCUGCUGAGAAAUGGGAGCUCGUUGUAGCAGCCCUUCAUUAUUUUAAAAUAUUAAUGAGUAUUUAUGAGCCCUCAAACAAGCAUGUAAGGAAGGAUGUUGAUGUUGGUCUUUCUUUGGACCAAUCCUUGCCGCGUAUGUCAACUACGCCCUCCGCAGCAGAGCAUACAAGUGCCAACCCAGUUAUGGAGUUGAUGAAGGACCUAAAGAAUGGUGAAGUAAUCUAUGCCAAUUUGAUGGGUAUAUUAAUGCUAGGUGUAAAUUCCUUAUCGGAGCAGCGCGCAAGCCAGCUUUGUGGCCGAAUUUUGGAGGACGCUAUCUCUUUAUCGUUUCAAAUAUUCAUACAUGCUUUUUUGAAAGAAUCCCAACUUGGAGAAGCUUGCUAUCCUUCAUUGCAGCAGCCAUUACAUGAAACUAUUUCUCAAGAUCCUCACCAAGUAGUGACGCUUUUGGAAUACGUGCGAUAUGAUAAAUCGAAAUCGAUACAACGGCAAUCUUUGAAAGUCAUGGAGCUUUUAAGUGCACAAGUACCGACUCUGGUGUCUGUAUUGCAAGAAACAAAGGCGUCACUGAAUAUCAUAGAGGGGUAUGCUGCUUGCCUAGACGCCCGCAUCUUGGAAGCCCAUCCGCCCGAGAAUCCUGAUGAGGAUGUUGGAUCCCUUAUACUUCGACUUCUGCUUGUGAAUUUACCUAGGCCGUCUCCAAAUUUGACUCAUUUACUUUUAGGAUUUGAUGUCAACCAACCCAUGGAGAAGACGACAGUUCAGCCAAACUAUCAUUAUAGUUGCCUUACUGUUAUACUUCACAUCCUUGACAACCUUGCGAGGCCAGAGGUGAAUGCUCGACUGCAUGAACUUUGUUUUCAGUUGCUGUAUGAACUUUGCGUAGACUCAAUUACUUGCGGUCCUAUGGUGGAUCUUUUGCGACAUGGGAAGUACGACUUUUUGCCAAAGACAUCCCGUACCAGCCACGACACGUGCAUGGAGAGAGGUAAUUCUUCUAUCUCCGGUACGGAUCUUUGCUCCUCUGAAGCUCAAGAUAUGGACCUUCAAGUAUGCGACUUCGAGCCAGUUGCUGGAUCAACGCCAGGAACUUCAAGCAACAGCAAACCCGAAGUAGGCUUCUUCAACCCAGCACCUCUUGCCACUCGCUGUACUACCAAAGAGAAUGGUGGACCAAGUGCAGCAGGUAUGGCCGCGCUUAGGUCGUCGUGGAUACAACGACUUUUCCCUGGAAUGAUGAAUGAAGGUGCUAGGCCCUUUCAAUCGAAUGUAAGAGAGCAGCUCGUUCCUCCUGUUUAUGAAAGCACUGAGCCUCUUCUUAUAGAGGAUGUGUCGAAGUCGUUUGAAGAAUUUGGAUCGUCUCCAGAGCUUGUUGGUGCUAGUCGAUACCAAGGAAGAGAGAGUUUCUAUGAUGCUGUAAGGUCAGGCAAACCAGAGGGAGGUAGUCACAAGGAGUUCCAGUAUGAGCGCAGCAAUAGCUCUCAACCACCACCAGCUGCGAUCUGCAGGAAGGGGCCAGUUCCAGCUAGAGAAGGCUGUAGAGCUGCUCAAGGCGUAGAAAAUGAAUAUCUCUGCGCUGAGGUGGGGUUGAUGCAAGACAGCGUUUUUCCUUGUGAGAAUUCUACAAGAGUUAUUGAUGAGCCAGCUUGUGUUCGGCUACCCCUUGAUUCUCCAAGACAGCAAGACUUGAUGCUGCAGAAUCGUAUGGAUUGUGACGCCAAAGUGCCACCCCCAAAUUUGAAAAGGUACGAAGAGACUACGAUAUUUCAAAAUAUGGGUAGACCAUUAGAACUGAAAAUUCAAAAUGAGAGCAAUUUGCAAAUCAGCGAAGCAGGUGAUUUUCCAACUGAACAUGAAGCACUGAAGAAAAAUCAAGUUGAUACCGACAGAAGAAGCAUGCCUGAAGAACACUAUCUUAUCCAAUCUCAUUUAUUAGUCACGAAUAACGUAGCCCGAAGAUCCCAGCAUCAUGAGCGGAAUCGAUAUCCACUUAGCGGUCGUACCACUUGCAAUAAAACGGCAGGUCAGCCAGGAUCGUUGUCAACCAGGCUCAGGAUGUCGGGAUUGCCUCCAGCGGACCCAACUAAUGAGGGCUACUCGGAAUAUUCAUUAGGAAGUAGAGCAUUAGGCAGGGAGGAGCCGAGGGAGGAUAUUGAGCAUAUGGACGAGAACGUGGGAUAUCAAUUAGAGCAUAAUAUAAACAAAGGGAAAAAUGUGGACUCAUCUCCUCUUUCACCUUUACCUCUAUUUGCUCCUUUUAAGCACAGUGAGAAACGACGAGACGCAGAGUUUGAGGGAAGAAGUAAAAUGGUUCUAAGUUUGUCAGGAGAAACUCUAUUGACACCACUGUUCCCCCUGGGUGAUUACGAAAACGACAAAAUUAACAAGCAAAGUGGUCCUGAUGUUCAUAAAGACAAGUUUGGUUCAACAAUAUUUUCUCAUUACAAACCAUUCUUCUCUCAUGACAACCACCCCGGAGUUCGUGGAUCUGAGACACCCUUAACAUUAACACCUAUUUUUGCGCCUUUCAAGCCUAAGCAAGACCAGAAUUUUUCUCCUUCAUCCUUGAGCAAAACGGAGUUUCUACCGGUCAAUCUCACGGGACAAGAUGGUGCUAAUGCAGUGGUGCAGCGAACCAAAGUCAAAGUAGACGUUGUGUCAGAUCUAAAUCUUCGACAAGCGGAUCAUAGGGAACAAUCAGGCAAUCAGUUCACUGCGCAUGAACGUGUCCCGUCCGUUUAUUCUAGCCCUCCAUGGGCAGGAGUUGCCAAUCGUAGAGACACUGCUGUAUUUUCAACCAACUUUGGUCCACGCUUUAAUGGAGAUGAACAUCGUGGGGUGUCACCUAAUAUUUGCGGGUCUACCUUCAAAGAGGGAAAAUAUACAGUGAAUACCUCUGCAAACGAGUUAAGAAGCAAGAAACCAAGUUUGGAGGAAGAAAGAACCGAUCACGGCGAAUCAUCACAGAUCAAGAAGGAUCUUUAUGUGACAGAGUCACAUAAUGUACAAACGAGUGUCUCACAAGGGAUGAGGGAGCUCUUUCAAUUCGAUAAUGAUCUGCAGCAGCAACUGAAUACUGAAACAAAGGCAAUGAGUCAGUUAAAACCCUGGAGCAAUUUGGUAUCGGAGGCAAGCAGCGGAUCUUCGCCUGUACUUGGUGAUGCUGUGUCAUGCGGCAUCCAACGUAUAUGCUUGCCAUCUCAAUCUUCUGAGAAGCUCUUAACAUCAACUGAUUCUACGAUGUUGGUACCUCCUCCAAAGUAUCUUAGCAAAGAAAGGCAUCAACAAGUUAAAGUCGACUUAGAAGCGACCUCAAGUAGUAGGGUGCAAGGUGGUAAUGUGUUAAAUGAGGCAAGUGCUUUGGUAAAAGAUGUUGAGGAAGAGAAUUCACUCUUCCGUAAACAGACAUUUGGGAGUACUGCAAGACUCUGUGAUGAUGCUCAACGCCCCGAUGUUUCUCCAAGGGGGAAGUCCUUUGCAAACAAGGAAGCUCAUGGUUUCAGUGAAGAGAAGAAUUUGUGUCAUCAAUCAGGCCAUGCCAAGUGUUCCGACGCUCAAGGUGUCAGGCAAGAGAGAUCGUCCAAGAAACGUAGUCAUGAAGCGAGGACUGGUGAAUCAAAUUUUGCAUCCCAGAAUUUCGAGUCUCUCCAUGGUGCUGGGCCUCAAAUCGAAUCUGGUGUGGAAGAAGAUUCUCGAACAACUCCGCGUCCGCAGCCGUGGCUGCAAAGGUGGAUGCCAGCUUCGAAACCUGCGGUUCCUGUUUUUAAGGUCCCUCAAAGUUACCCUUCCCCAAUGGCUACUGAACAGUCUUCAUUGCAUGCUAACAAUCCUAAUCUUGUACAAGACAGCACUCCACAUGGGAAUCGGUUGGAUGCAACUGGCGUAGACAAGCAGGAGCAACACAUGUCAUCAGCAGGGGAGGGAUCAAGUCAAUGGGCAGGAUCUGAUUUUGACCACUAUCAUAGGAGAUCCAAUCCUCUUCGCCAAGGAUUUUAUCAAUUGCCUAGUGCAGCAGCUAUGGCACUAGUAGGUGCUGCUAGUAAGAGAGCUGUUCCGUUGCCACCUCAAAGAUCAGUGGGAACGCGGAUAGCUGUGUGGCCGGCAAUCGCUGGGAUGCAAUUGCGACGGACGAAAUCAGGGACUCGGGAAGUAUCGGCUCCACAAGUCGAAGUUGAAGUAGUUGUAGAAGAAGGAUGAGCAGCGGAUUAUGGUGAAGGAUUAAUUCGUGACCGAGCUGCAGCAUUCUUGAGCAUAUAUCUCAGAGGUGUCAAAUCGUUGUAUUACUGAUUCUCACUUCGUUAGUCACCCGAUAGCCAAGGAAAUGACUUGUUCUCUGUGGUGGGUGGGUGGUUAAGGAUUAGCUGACGAUGCACUUAGCGAAGUGGCGGUGACGUACAUCUAAGAUGAGUAGAUGGAACUCUGCUUGUCUCACUUCGCAGUAACUCUAAGCAAGAUAUCCCAUGAGCUCUUUCAGCUGUUUAGGAGCGCGAGAUAAUUGGGAAAUUACAGGAGCUCUGGUUUUGUGCUCUGAGGGCCUUCCCUGUCUUUUCAUCGGAUACCAAACAAUGUAUAACAAGCUGCGCGGGCUCUGAUGAGACGUGAAGAUGCAUGAGAUUCCAUCUUAAGAAAGCUGGACAGAGUCCUUACAGCACGGAACCUAAGCCUAUAAUCAUCUUUUAUGAUACUCUUGCUCGAUUAGUCUGUUGGGUACAUUGUUGACAAGAAGACGAAGCAUUUGGGUUUCUAUUCUUAUACAUACCGCGGGAUCCAACUCAUUACUUCAGCCCAUCUCGGAGAGGGGUAUUGCUCUCGCAACGUGAAUGCAAUCGAUGGUGUACAUUUUAGAUAAAUGGAGUUCCAGCGGAUGCGCACGGUCGCGUUUUCUAUAAGUGAUUUUAACUUUUUUUUAGUUUUUCUCGUUUUCUGGUUUUUGGUUUUAGUUUUAGAAUGAGCAGUAGUGACAUGUAUUCGGUCGAGUGAGACCCUUCCUGAUAUACUCCACUCAAACGCGCCUGCAUUUAAAUGUGCUCUCUGCCAUCCCUUUCAUACAGGAAGUAGAACAUUUUCUACAUAAUAAAACAAAGAUCUGAAACACACUAAAUCAUUGACGAUU